CGGCCGCGGAGGCGGCGGCGGUAAGAUGGCGGACUUCCUGCCGUCCCGCUCGGUGCUGUCCGUGUGCUUCCCGGGUUGCCUGCUGACCAGCAGCGAGGCCGAGCAACAGCGCAAGUCGAAGGAGAUAGACAAAUGUCUAUCGCGGGAGAAGACGUACGUGAAGCGGCUGGUGAAGAUCCUGCUUCUGGGCGCUGGCGAGAGCGGCAAGUCCACCUUCCUCAAGCAGAUGAGGAUCAUCCAUGGGCAGGACUUCGACCAGCGGGCCCGGGAGGAGUUCCGAGCCACCAUCUACAGUAACGUGAUCAAAGGUGUGAGGGUCCUUGUAGAUGCUCGAGAGAAACUUCAUAUUCCUUGGGGAGAUAACUCAAACCAAGUCAAUGGAGACAAAAUGAUGGCCUUUGACACUCGAUCAGCUAUGGCAGCACAGGGAAUGGUGGAAACACGGGUUUUUUUACAAUAUCUUCCUGCAAUAAGAGCAUUAUGGGCAGAUAGUGGUAUCCAGCAUGCUUAUGACCGACGUCGAGAAUUUCAACUGGGGGAAUCUGUAAAGUAUUUUCUGGACAACUUGGAUAAACUUGGAGAACCUGAUUACAUUCCAUCACAGCAAGAUAUUCUGCUUGCAAGAAGACCCACCAAAGGCAUUCAUGAGUAUGACUUUGAAAUUAAAAACGUUCCUUUCAAAAUGGUUGAUGUAGGUGGUCAGAGAUCAGAAAGGAGACGUUGGUUUGAAUGCUUCGACAGUGUAACAUCAAUACUUUUCCUUGUAUCUUCAAGUGAAUUUGACCAGGUGCUUAUGGAAGAUCGACUGACAAAUCGUCUCACGGAAUCUCUGAACAUUUUUGAAACAAUAGUCAACAACCGAGUUUUCAGCAAUGUCUCCAUAAUUCUCUUCUUAAAUAAGACAGAUCUGCUUGAGGAAAAAGUGCAAAUUGUGAGCAUCAAAGACUAUUUCCCAGAAUUUGAAGGGGAUCCCCACUGCUUAAGAGACGUCCAAGAUUUCCUGGUGGAAUGUUUCCGUAACAAACGCCGGGACCAGCAGCAGAAGCCUUUAUAUCAUCAUUUCACCACUGCUAUUAACACAGAAAAUAUUCGACUUGUUUUUCGUGAUGUGAAGGAUACUAUCCUUCAUGAUAACCUCAAGCAGCUUAUGCUACAGUGAUGUGCAAAAGACUUUAUUUUAAUACUCUUUUGUGUUUGUUUGUUUUCUGAGAAUUUUGUUGUUGUCUAUUUUUAUAAAUAGCAGUUUACAACAGGACUAAAAAACCUUAAUCCUGUGUCAGACUUUUGGAAAACCAUAGUUGUCUUCUGUGGACUUUGGUUUGUGGCUGAAAGCUGCUGAUGAAUACCACAUUAUUGCCAACUUCUGCUCAGAUUCAGUCUUUGAAUCUUUUCCACUAUAGCUUCAAGUUAAAUCAAAUUGUAAUUCUGUAGCAGACCUCAGUUAACUUCAGGCUUCAGUCUCUUUCACUUUUCUAGUCUGAGUUAUAUUUCUGUAGCAGCUGUUAACUUGUAGGUAUGUGGAUAAGAUGAUUCAGUUCUUAAAAACAAAUAAGGUGUCUUUUUUGCCUUAAAUUCAGUGUAUCUUUCUAUCUUGCAGUGACUUUUUGCACUGCAAGAAAUGUUGGAAAAGAUUUGAUCCACGGGGUGGCAUUCCAUGGGCUUAUCACAGAUUUGGCCUGUUUUUUAAUUGAUAUGCAACUAUUGGUUGUACAUUUUUUAAAAUUUGUGCUUUUUAAAGUAAUGUUCGUAAUAUUUUAAAGUUUACAUAAGCGUUUCUGAUUUGAUGCUAAUCAAAGAGUAUUCACAGAUGGUACAAGGAAAGCCAAUAAGUAAACAAAGCCCAAGUAGUAAUUUGGUCAGAAGUAAAUCAUGAAAUGUAAUCAAACUCUUCUUUGUUCCCAUUUAAUGAUGAUAUGUUAAUAAUGUACCAUGUGCUGAAUAUUCUGGCAAUAGUAGUAAAUCAAAGCUGCUUGCAACUUAGCAAUAUGACUUUUAAAAUAAAAAAGCCUUUUCAGAA